AUGCAAUCACGCACCACCACCUUUCUCAUCCAUAGUAAAUCCAAACCCUUCUUCGUUCUCCCCUCUCUUCUAUUCUCAACCACCAUCCACAACCACACCAUUCAACAUGGACAACACCACCACUCCACCACCACCUUCCACAACCGCAACCUUGUCGCCAUCAUCCACUCCCUCUGUGACGCCCACCGUUUCGAUGAAGCCCACAACAUCUUCUCCCUCUUCCUCUCCUCCGGCUUCCUCCCUGACCACCACACCUCCAACGUUCUCCUCUCCCGCCUCCUCUCCUCUCGAACCCCGCACCGAACCUGGGCUUGUGCCCUUUCUUUGAUCCAAGCUAACCACGGCUUCGUUCCCUCCAUUGUCACCUAUCACCGCUUAAUGGAUCACUUUUGCAGGUUCGGUCAACCCCAACAAGCUCACAUACUGUUCUUCGACAUGAAGGGUAGAGGGCAUUGCCCCAAUGUGGUUUCUUAUACUACUCUCAUUAAUGGGUACUGCUUAAUUGGUGGAAUUGGUGAUGCCCGCAAGGUGUUUGAUGAAAUGCUUGAUAGUGGUAUUGCGGCAAAUUCUUUGACUUAUAGUGUUUUAGUCGGCGGGUUUCUUAGGAUGAGGGAUAUAGAAGGAGCAAAGGGAAUGAUGUGCCAGUUAUGGGAGAAGAUGAGGGUUGAAAGGGAGGCUUCGAUGAAGAUGGCAGCCUUUGCGAAUCUGGUUGAUUCUCUGUGUAGGGGAGGGUUCUUCAAUGAAUUGUUUAGGAUAGCCGAGGAGUUUGCAUUAGGGGGCAGUUUGUGUGAGGAGGUUGCAUAUGGACAGAUGAUAGAUUCACUCUGCAAGGUUGGGAGGUAUCAUGCGGCUGCUAGGAUUGUGUAUAUAAUGAGGAAGAGAGGAUUAGUUCCGAGUGUAGCAUGUUAUAAUUAUAUUAUACAUGGGUUUAGCAAGGAUGGUGAUUGUAUGAGAGCUUAUCAGUUAUUAGAGGAAGCUGAAUUCGGAUUCUUGCUUUCUGAGCAUACCUACAAGGUGUUGGUGGAAGCUCUUUGCCAAGUGCUGGAUGUGGACAAGGCAAGGAAAGUUCUUGAACACAUGCUAAGUAGGGAAGGCGUCAACAAGACUAGGAUUUACAACACCUAUUUAAGAGCUCUUUGUAUUGUGGAUAAUCCAACUGAACUCUUGAAUGUGCUUGUGCUCAUGCUUCAAAGCCAGUGUCAUGCAGAUGUGAUCACACUUAACGCAGUUAUCAAUGGAUUUUGCAAGGUGGGGAGGAUUGAUGAAGCUCUAACGGUAUUACAGGACAUGUUGAGUGGUAAAUUUUCCGCUCCCAAUGUUGUGACCUUCACUACUAUAAUUUCUGGUUUAUUGGACACUGCAAAAAUUGAUGAAGCUGUUGAGUUGCUCCAUAAAGUAAUGCCUGAAAAUGGUGUAAGACCGAGUGUUGCGACAUAUAAUGCUUUUCUCCGAGGCCUAUUCAAACUAAAGAGGCCAAAUGAUGCAUUGAGGGCCUUCAAUAAUAUGGCAAGUAAUGGCAUUACUGCAGAUAGUACCACUUAUACUGUUGUGGUAGAUGGUCUAUGUGAAUCUAACCAAAUAGAUGAACUAAUCGAUUUAGAGUUGCCAAGGAUUAUGAGAGAUCAAAAGCAGCAUAUGAGAAAGCUUCCAAGGGACAAGAGAUGCUUGCUUCCUAAGCACAUGGAAUCAGCUGCUAAUAUGGCAAAGGAACUCAGAAACUGGAGAGAAGUUGUGAGCUUCUCUCGAAAGGGCGUCGGAAUUGAUUUUGUUAAAGAACAAGUGAAAACAAACAAAAUGAACUUUAUGGCUUGGAGAUGCUGA